GUUGUCAUCCUCGCUGUUGUCCAGCCGCUGAGGGACUGAGUGGCUGAAAUGUGGCUUUUGUUUGUGUGGUGAUUUGCGUACCAUCUCCAAGACGAUGCCGGAGCUGAACACUGAGAUCCCUCAAGGCCUCGUGUGCGGUCUGCUGCUGCGCUUCUGUACGUGAUGCUGAACCGGGAGGCACGGAGGAAGAAGACAGCAUCCAUGCCGAGCACUGAAUAACUCUCCGGCCUGUCAAUGAACAUGUUAUUGAGGUGACUGUUGUAAGAGCCCUUCACACAUCCUCGAGUGGUUUUAGCGCUUAUUCCACAUCAGAAUCAAAGGAAAAGUGUCAUUUUUAGACAGCCACUCAAGCGCUGUGGUGCUUCAAGUUCACAGAAUAAAGAUGACGCCGUUGGUGCUGGGAGUUGGAGCGUGCUUAGCUGGCUGGAUUGCUCUUUAUGCUUUGCUGUGUUACACAAAUGGCUCUUGUGGCUAUGAAUGGAACUGUCGGCUAGUUACACUAUUCCAUGGCAUCCUUGCAGUCUGUAUAACUGCAUACAUUGGAUACAUAGAUGGACCGUGGCCUUUCACCUACCCAGGUACAAAGAACACCCCUCUGCAGAUCACCGCUAUGGUGGUCAGCCUGGGCUACUUUAUCUUUGACAUGGCCUGGUGUGUGUAUUUCCGCACAGAGGGUCUGGUGAUGCUCGCACACCACACCAUGAGCAUCCUGGGUAUUCUGCUCACUCUGUGGCUGGGGGAGUCGGGCAUCGAGUCGUGCGCCGUGCUGUUUGGCAGCGAGAUCACAAACCCCCUACUUCAGACCCGCUGGUUUUUGAAACACUCCGGCCGGUACGACAGCUUCCUUGGAGAGGUGGUGGACGUUCUGUUUGUGCUGCUGUUUGUGUUCAUGCGCAUUUUUGUCGGCGGCGCCAUGUUGUACUGUGAGCUGAUCUCUCCGAGACCAAAGUUCAUCAUUAAAUGCGGUGGCGUGGCCAUGUACGCGCUGUCCUGGGUGUUCGUGGUUGACAUCGGCCGCUUCGCAUACCGCAAAUCCCAGCUCAAAUACCAGCGCUGGAUGAAUCGCCACAGGAUGGCAGAGGUCAACGGGCAGGACGUGAAGAGAGAGUGAAAGAUCUCUCCGAUCAGCAGAUUGGCCUCUUGUUUCUAACACUUGAGAGAAGAGAAUCAGAACAAGUGUACCAGCUAAUAAAGCUCUGCAGCUAAUAGAUGUUUACAUAUUUUUUAAAGGAUAUCAGCCAUUAGUGUUUAUUUGUGGUUGGUAAUAUACACAUGGGAAAACAUCCAUGCUGUAUCAGAGCCCUUAAACAGUCUUAAUGGUUUUUUAUUAUUUGCCAUUAUGAUUAACUCAAAAUUCUUACAAUCAAAUCUAAUUUGUUAUAUUUGUACUCAUAA